CUGUCAACCGUACAGGCUCGGCGAGACACACAUCAAUCUGAACAGGACAAACGCUAUGAAACAGUGCAGGCCUUGGUGCUGAACUUUACGCAUGGAAACAGGUCAAAGUUGGCCCAACUGAGACAAGCCUGAAGCUGGAAGUGGAGACUUGGUGGAGGGUGGACCACAGAGGCAUAAAGAGGUCUUCACAGAACUCUCCCUGAGUGCUGAGUAUCUUUUUGUGCAACUAUGAAUCCGAUGUGGAAGGUAUAUAAGAGCAAAGUGCUAAAGACCCUUAACCCCGAGUAUGAGGAGGACAAUGCCGAAGAGGUAACAGAAGUGGAGAAUGAUAUGAUGAGUCCAGUGCAGGAGGACGAGGGACCCAACGCUGUAUCCCAGUUGGCCAAAAAAAUGCAAGGGGCCGGGACUAAAAGCUGGAACAGGUUAUCAUCGCUCUUCAACAAAGAAGAUGAACACCAGCUUUUAGAGGAGACUGAGAGCCCGCCUGUCGCUGACCAUCCACUUGCAGUAAAGCCGGAGGAGCCUCCUCGACCCACUCGGCGCUCAGGAUUCUGGGAUAGCUUUGCAACCAACUGGGCUGCCAAGAAGCAGGCGGAAGCUGCAGCCGCUGCAGCAGACGAGGCAGCAGCAGGCCAGGGUGAGGAGGGGGUGACACAGGCAGGAGGGGAGGAGACCCAGGAUGGGCAGAUUACUGAAGGAGAAGAGAGUGAAGGAGGAGGACAGAGCAGCAACAACAGCUUCUCCAAAUACGUCUCGCUUGGAGGAGGGAGUGGGGACACAUCCUUCAAAUGGAACUUUGUCACCAGCAAGCUGGCAGAGAUGAAAAUCAAAUCAUUUCCAAAAAGUUUCUACAGCAGUGGUUCUCAACCUGGGGUCCAGAGACCCCCAGAGGUCACUGAGGGGUCUCCAGGUGGUCCCCAGAAAAAUGGGUAA